UCAUGCUGCUGCCAGGUCCAGAGUCUCUCAUGGGUCCCUGUACGGCCUCCCAUUGCUGCUGUCUCCAUCGCCACACUCUGCCAUGUGCCACUUUCAGGUCUCCUCACACUGCUGGUGUGUUCCAUUUUUUGUCAUAGGGUGCUGGCAGAUUACGGGCCUCCCAUAGCUGCUGCCAGGCCCCUAAUCUGCCAUGGGCCCCUAUACCGCCUCCUCAUGCUGCUGCCAAGUCCAGAGUCUCUCAUGGGUCCCUGUACGGCCUCCCAUUGCUGCUGUCUCCAUCGCCACACUCUGCCAUGUGCCACUUUCAGGUCUCCUCACACUGCUGGUGUAUUCCAUUUUUUG